UUUUAUUAUUUUCAUUCAUAGGAUCUCGUUCACCUCAACGUUAUUUUCGUUUACGAGAUCGAUUUUUUCGUUCAUAUGAUCAAAUAGAAUUGGGUGAUCAAUAUCAACGUGCUCAGGAACUUUUAUCUGAUUUUGAAGAUAUUCUCGUUCAAAUAAAUGGUGAUUUUCUUGCCAAAGAAGAAAGAUUUCGUUCUGAAACAUCAAUUAGUGUUCAUGUUGAAGAUUUACCUAUUGAAUUUACUUAUACUCGAAUAUUAACAACAAAACGUCGAAAGAUUAAAGCAUUACGUGAAAUAAUUCAAGAAAUUGAACAAGAAUUAGGUCAUUUAUUAGUUGAUAAUCUUAAUAAUGAUCCAGUUGUUGUUGAUAUUAUGGACAAAUGGAAUCGUUUACAAAGAUUAGCUCAUGAUAAAGAUGAAUAUUUAAAAGAAAAUCGCCUAAAAUGGAAACAUUUUAAACGACAAUUAGAAGAUCUUGAACAAGCAGCUGAACGAUUUACAACUCUAGAUGAUUUAUUACCUCGAACUGUUUAUUCAAAAGCAGAUGCACAUCGUGAUCAAGUUCAACGAUUAGAUGGAUUUCAAACACUUUUUAAAUCAACAAUGGAUCUAGCUGAUCAAUUUAGUGAUGAUACAACAGAAGAUAUAAAACAUGCAAUGUUAGAUAUCAAUUUACAAUUAGAUCAUCUUGAAUCAUUAAGUCAUUCAUUAGAACCUGUUGAUGAAAGAGAAAUAAAUAUAAGUAUUUAUCGUAGAAAACUUCAUCGUUUUAUUCCUAUUCAUGAUGAUCUUGAAAUACUUCAUCAACGUUUAAUUAAUAUAAAUGAUCGUUUAAAAUGUCUUUUAUCUGGUGAUCAAUUACAUAUAACAAAUGAUUUAAAAUUAAUGUUUGAUCGUUUUAAUUUAAUAAAACGAAUUGUUAAAAUCGUGUCUUCUUGA